AUGCUUAACCAUCAGCAUGAAUAUGAAUCGAAGAUUUCUCAGAAGAAAUUCGCUGCCACUUCCAAUGGUAAUCGAUUUACCUCUGUUCCACCGGCUAAGUACCUGUUACAACCCCCGACAAGCAGUGUCUACACCCUCGGCAAAGCGAGUGGUAAUGUACAACCACCAUUACGCAUUCCAAAUUCUCCUGAUCCAAUCGGUUGUUCCUCAAAUGAAAGCGACAACAAUUUAAGUUCAUUCGACUUACCUGAGCCUGAAACUGCUGAAGACUCUCCCUAUUCUACAGCCUGGUAUUCCAUCUAUGAGGGUCAUUGCAAGGAAGUCACCGUCUGCAAUCUCACUCCAGGACAAACUUUCCAUUUUCGAGUUCGUGCUGCUUCGCAACGAAACGGCGCCUCACAACUCAAUUCACGAAUUAAUCCAACUCCUAGUGUGAUCUAUUGGGGCAGUGCAACGACGUCUCCUCUGAAAAUCACCACUCCAGCUGUUCCUCCUAUAAAUCCUCCUUCAAACCUCCGUCUAUUCGGUCGUGCUAAAUCAAAUGAACUCCGAUUAGUCUGGGAUCCGCCAACAUCAAACGGUGGGGCGCCGAUUAUCUCUUACGAACUCUGGCAGUCUCUUAUUGAUCCAGUCUCAGGAAGUCCCAUCAAGACGGGUCCCAUUCCCAUGGCGUGUAUUAGUUCUUCCGGCAGUAUGAACAACCUCUACAAUUCUAACACCUAUUCAAAGAAAACUGUGGCCUCAGCACCGAAUUCCUCGCAUUCCACCCCAGAGCAUGCAACCUCUCAUACCAGGGACUCGAGAUUAGUUUUUGCAGGAUCGGAGAAUAACUGUGAAGUGCGUGAACUACAUUCAGGCCAGAUGUUCACAUUCAGAGUUCGAGCGAAGAAUUGCACAGGUUGGUCGGAUUGGUCGGAGUGGACCACAUUCGCAACAGCUCCUUCACCUCCAAAUUCGCUGCUGUCACCUCCCCUUGUGAAACCAACCUCGCCGACCAGCGUUCACGUGAGCUGGGAGGCAGCUGAGGAAACAAAUGGGGCGCCCAUCACAGAAUAUCGAGUUGAAUUUCAACCCAAGGCUGUUGGAUCCUUCCAAUCCACCACUCUCUCUAAACGAAAUGAAGCCGACGAAAUGGUGCUUUUACCGACUGAAGCGAAUGAAAUGUCUAGUGCUGUAUCACAUUCGAAUAGUGGAUUUCAAUUGGUUCACUCCGGAAUUGAGAGACAAUUUGAGCUCCAUGAUUUGCACCCGGCAUCAAGAGUGGCAUUCCGAGUUUGUGCAGUGAAUUCAGCUGGAACAAGUGGUUGGAGUCCCAUGGGCUACUGCAUUCUACCUGCUGCACAGCCUGAUCAACCACCAAGUCUAGAGUUGGAUUCAUCUGAACCGUCGGCAUAUUCAGAUGAUGAGGUCUGUGUUGGCGGUGUAUCUAUGACAACAGCUCAACUAAUUUGGCUUGCUCCGAUCGACAAUGGCUGUCCCAUUACCUGCUAUAACAUUGAGGUGACCCGCUACGAUAACUUCCAAACCCUAUUGGCUGGGUCUAAUGUCUACGUUAUUAAAUAUGUACCCCUAAAAGUUCACGGAGAUGAUGCGAUUCAAGAUCUCUCAGCAUCCAUUGUCUCCUCUCCGGAAGAUGAAGAUGAAGAGGAAAAGAGUUUGCUGAAUCGACCUGUAAUUGAUGUCAACGGGAAUGCUGGCAGCACCGAUAUUCAAAAUAUCUUAUGUAUUUCGGAACUCUCUAACCUUCCACCAUUCAGGUCGUCAUCGGUAUCGCCCUCUCUUGGAAUAGAUUCUGGCUCGGCUUUGUCCUCAAAUAUAUCUACAGAGAGUGGUUCUUCUCAUCAACAGCCAAAGCAUUACCGCCAACGUGAUGGCAUUGCUAGAUCCAUGGACAUAAGGGCCCGACGGUUAUCUUCAGCUUCUAUGGCUUACGUCCGUUAUACCCUUACAGGUCUGGAACUUGGUACAAAGUAUCGUGUCCGGGUACAAGCUCUGAACGCUGUGGGAGCGAGUCCCUUCUCAGGUAGUCUUCAUUUUACUACACUCCCACCUCUUCCACCCCCACCAACACUCUGCUGCAUUGGAACUACCGCAAAUGGGAUCAAACUUCGUUGGUCUUCGUCCACCUCUUCACCAACGGAGGCUUCUAUUGAGGUUAACGAGGAAACACCGUCAGUCAGGCCAAAUAGACUUUCAGCCAAUCUCAACGCAACUAACCUCAGAUAUAUUCUUGAGAUGAAGAAGAAACAUGAGUCAAAAGGUUGGACUACCAUUUUUGAAGGACCUCAGACUUCAUUCAAGGCUCGGAAGCUUUCCGAAGCCACUAUGUAUUACUUCCGUGUUGCAGCAGUUAAUAUCAGUGGAGAAGGCCCUUUCUCUGAAGUUCUCUGUGAAAAGACUGCCUUCUCUCACCCAUCACCCGUUGAAGCUCCACAAGUGACUGAAGUCUCUAAUUCCGGGUGCAAGCUCCAAUGGCCAGCUAUGAGCAGUAUGGGUCAAGAUCCGCUUCUAUAUCAAGUUCAACUGACUCGUGUUUCCAGUGGCUUUUCACUUGAAACCGAAUCCCAGUCAUUAAUUACUCCGACGGAGGUUACUAAAGUUGAAGAGACAGUUACAGCAUAUAGAGGAGCAGAGACUUCUUGUACUCUGAGCAAUCUCCUCUCCGGUACUAAUUAUAUUGCCCGAGUGUGUGCAAUUCGUUGCUGUCAAACUGAGUUUGCACCGAAGAACGAAGAAGAUUUGAUGACAAACAUCAAUGCCAAAAUAACACUUCUACAAGGCCCCUACUCAGUUGGUACAGCAUUCACGACCCUUCCUGAAAAGAAAAGGGCAAUUGAAGUGUUCAUCGCUACCUUAACUCGAAGUCGACAAUACACUUCUUCAGGACCACCGGAGAAGCCUUCUCCGACUUCUAAACGUAGUGGAGGUGUAUUAUCUUCAUUGAAUCACCUAUCAACCGGAACUAUCCAUCGUGCUCGAACAGCAGUAACUUCAAUUCGACGAAAUAUCUUUGCUUCUGGUGGACAUUCAAAUCGAGAACGAGCACAAAAACAGUUGGCUAUCCUGAUGGUUGUUGGCUUUGCAGUCUUCACAAUGAUGUUUGCGUGGUUCGCCCAUCAAUAUCUUCUUAAAUUUGCUGAUGACGUCGGUGUCAAAUGGUCCAGUGGAUCUCUUGAUGACAGCAGCUCGUCAUCAAGAGCAGCGGUCUAUGCCCGUGGACGACAACUGCGACAAUAA